AUGAAGCUGAAAAAUAGUGCAGUGGAGACUUUUAAGGAGAACAAUAUGAUUUUCACUUCUGAAAGAAAUUUCCACUCUAAAAAAAUGCGAGAAGAUUAUGUUGCUAGUCCAAACCAAGCAGAUGUUCAGACAAGAUGCAAAUGGAUAAUUGGAGAUGUAACUGAGGUCUUGGAUCGCAACACAUGGAAGCUUGGAAAGAUCUUAAAGAUGCUAAAGAACAAUUACUUUGUUAUCAGACUUGCUGAUUGCAUCCAACUGAAAGAGUUCCACAUAUCUAGCUUGAGAAUUCCACGUGGUCUGGAACCUCCUCAAAGCAAGCCCUUUCAUGCAGCAGAUAAGGCCACCGGACGCGGUAAGCGCCGACCUGCUGAUGGCGCCUUGCCUGGCGCAAGAGCUGUGCAGCAAAUGGGUCAUCGAACACCCUACGAUCUGGGGAGCAGUGGCAAGAAGCGGAAAGCAGCCGCAGAUGCCUCUCGCCAUCCGAGAAGAGCAGCAGCACAUCCCCGAAACGCGGUCGCAGCUUCCAACCUGAACGGCGGCAUGACCGACAGCUACCUGCAGAGCUCUUCACAGGCCAUAGAAGACGUCGAAUGCUCGGUGGCCAGCUGCAGCGUGAACGACCUGUAUCGUCUCAGCAAUGGCCGCAACGUUAAGCGGCGCCCCGCCGCCGCAGGGUGCCUCCCUGACGACGCCAUGUCCGCGUGCCCGUGCACGCCCGGGGCCAGGGAGGUGGACGACGACGAGGAGGGUGAUGCCGCGGCGGGCGUGCACGGGCUGGAGCUGGAGGCGUACCGGUCGACGAUGCGGGCGCUGUACGCGUCGGGGCCGCUGACGUGGGAGCAGGAGGCGCUGCUGACGAACCUGCGCCUGUCACUCAACAUCUCCAACGAGGAGCAUCUGCUCCAGCUCAGGCGCCUACUGUCCUCGUGA